AAUAUAAUUCUCUAUUUUUAACAAGAAAAAUGAAAAAUUAUAAACAUAUAAAUUUAAAUUAAGAAAAAUAAACAUUGAAAAAACAAGAAGUUAAUGUAAAAGAAAAAACCGACAAAUAAUAUUACAAAUAAAAUAAAUUUAUAAGAUACAAUCCGCGCGAAACGCGGAAAAAAUCUCUAGUUCAGUGAUAAUAUUAACAAGAGUUUUAUUUUGACAAGAAAAGAAUAUCAUACUGAGAAAUUAUUGUAGCCAAUAGCUUAAACGUCAACGAUCAUCUAUCUUAUAUUUGUUGGUUGUGAGUGUGUUUAUCUCCUUGACCAAUAUUCACAAAUCACAACACACAACACACAAUUCAUAUUUCUAUUCCUUCUACUCAUCAUAUAACUUGGACAACGAUCCACUUGAUCAGUUUCAUAUGUCAACUAGAUUUUCAAGUGUUUUUUUAAAUGUUAGUGGCUUAUUGCAAUUUUGCUUACAUAAUGGUAUAAUCUUUAUCUCUCUUUUUCAGUUGAUAAGUUGAAAAACAAAAACAGAGUAUUCACAUAGCUUAAAAAUUUGCCAACAAUGUUAGAACGGACCUAAAAUUCGUUAUGGGCUUCUGUUGAUUAAAACCUAAAAUGGGCUUUACUAAAUAAGCCCAUAAAGGAUUGAUAGACAUGUCAAAUUCAUCAACUAAAAAGGGUAGACCCAAACACGACAACAUGUUUCUAAAUUCUCCGGUCAGUUUCUUUUCCCGCAACUUCUUAAACGGAACUUCUUUUUCUACGACCGUUGCAACUGCGUCUUGGACGCCGUCCAGAAGAAUAUCCAUUGGGACAGGUUGCUGUCGGAAAAUUAUAUUUUCUCUGUUGGUGAGAGAGAGAGAGAGAGACCAAGAGACCAUACGUAUAGACGAAGCAGAAGAUGAGGAGAAUGUUUAAUGACCAGGUGACCUUUACCAUUAGACAUUUUUGAAUUCAUUUUUUAUAACUAUUUCUUGAUAAGAUAUGUCUCUGUCGCACCAUAUUUUUGUUAAAAAGAAGAAGAUAUGUCUCUCUCAAUGGACCAAUAAAACUGGCUAAUUUAGUCAAGAGAGAGAAAUUGACGGCAAAAGACAUGCAUUAAUGAGAUGAGAGGCUAAGAACAUUUCACUCGCUCCAUCUCUUUUGCAUCUCCUCAUGUCUCUUCCUCUCUCUCUGCUUUACCAGGUGGAGAUACUAUUAAGAGGAUAAACCAAUGUUUUACAAAAGACAAGCCAAUUAAAGCUCCCCUUCUUUCAUGUUUUCUUUUUGAUUGGAAUGUUGGAACAUACUAUUAUAACAACGGUUUUGUUUAGAUGAUUUUGUGAUUCGUAUCCUCUGAACUACACUCAUGACACGGAUAUUUUAAACAUGUUUGAUUAUGGUUUGAUUUUCUCUCAACUUGUCUUUUAAAUCAUCAAGUGAGAGCUACUUUAUAAGCCAAAAGAAUCAUCACAAGCCUGGAGACAUGGACUUAGCUUCCAAUAAGAACACAACAGCUAACUCUAAUGAUAUAGACCCAACCGUAAAACCUAAGUCGCCUAGACCAAACAACACACAAGCCUCUCCAUUUUCGCUUAAGCUAGGAGACAAUGUUCCCAGGAAUCCUCAUUUUGAUCUCAAGAAGAUGGAUCCUCUCGUCAGACAUCAACCACCUUCAAAGUCUCCUGAACCUCCUUCCUCAGCUAGAGGAACCAACGAGAGUGAUAGCUUGGGAGCCAAGAAAAAUGCUCUUAAAAAUCUUUAUUACGAUCCCAAGAAGAUUGUUCCUUUAACCACACCUGAAACACAAUCCCCAAGCGCCAGAGCUCAUCAUCACCAACACAAGACAAAGUCUCCAGACAAGAAGAGAGCCCCUAGACAGAAUGGAGAUUAUGGUUAUGGCGAUAUGGGCCCAUCAGCUACACCGUUCAAGCCCCACACGGGAGGAGACGUGAGGUGGGAGGCUAUUAACUCAGUCACUUCAAGAGGUCCUCAGAUAGGUCUAGACAGCUUCAGGCUUCUGAAACGUCUAGGGUAUGGGGACAUAGGCAGUGUCUAUCUCGCUGACCUGCAAGGGACCAACGCGGUUUUUGCCAUGAAGGUGAUGGAUAAGGCCUCGUUGGCUAGUAGAAACAAGUUGCUGAGGGCUCAGACCGAAAGAGAGAUCUUAUCCUUGCUUGAUCAUCCUUUCUUGCCAACGCUAUAUUCUUACUUUGAGACUGAGAAGUUCUACUGCUUGGUCAUGGAGUUUUGCAGCGGAGGCAAUCUCCAUUCUCUCAGACAGAAGCAGCCCAACAGGCGUUUCACUGAAGAAGCUGCGAGGUUCUACACUUCUGAAGUGUUGUUAGCCCUAGAGUAUCUACACAUGUUGGGGGUUGUAUACAGAGACUUGAAGCCAGAGAACAUCCUAGUCCGAGACGAAGGCCACAUAAUGCUUUCAGACUUUGACCUCUCCCUCCGUUGCUCCUUUAACCCAACCCUCGUCAAGUCCUCCUCAGUCUGCAGCACAGGAAGCGCUAUCCUCAACGAAGAGUUCGCCGUCAACGGCUGCAUGCAUCCCGCAGCCUUCCUCCCACGCCUCCUCCCUUCCAAGAAAACCCGUAAAGCCAAAUCAGACUCCGGCCUAGGGGGCCUCUCCAUGCCAGAGCUCAUGGCUGAGCCAACGGACGUACGGUCAAUGUCCUUUGUGGGCACACACGAGUACUUAGCUCCAGAGAUCAUACGUGGAGAAGGACACGGCAGUGCUGUUGACUGGUGGACGUUCGGGAUCUUCCUAUACGAGCUCUUGCACGGGACAACACCGUUCAAAGGUCAGGGCAACAGAGCUACGCUACAAAACGUGGUGGGCAAGCCACUGAAGUUUCCUGACACUCCUCAUGUUAGCUCUGCGGCUCGUGAUCUUAUCCGUGGCCUUUUAGCUAAAGAUCCUCAUAGGAGAAUAGCUUACACACGUGGAGCUACGGAGAUAAAGCAGCAUCCUUUCUUUGAAGGUGUGAAUUGGGCUCUGGUGCGUAGCGCCUCUCCGCCUCAUAUUCCUGACCCUGUUGACUUGGGACCGUUGACCGCUGCAAGAGGGAAGGCUAAGGGUUAUGGAAGUGGUGAUCAUCAUAACUCGGUUAAGCAUGAUGCUCAGGUUGCUUGUGCUGCUGGUCCUGCCACACCCACUGAUGAUACGGCUUAUGUAGACUUCGAAUACUUUUAGAACUAAUACAAGUAAUAUACUCUACUAUGUGUUUUUUUUUUGUUCAUAUUCUUUUUGAUGGAUACUGAUUGUGAUUUGUAAAGUGGAAGACAAAGAAGUGUAGCUUUAAACAGAGUUUGAGAAUAACAUUUGAACCUUUCGUUUAGCUCAAAUUUUACAAAGCUUAUGUUUUUAAUAAAGUAUCCAAAAUCCUUUCAUCAAAUGUUUCUUAACCGAAUAAUCAGUAGCUUUUGAAUAACAUCAGAUUUGAUGGUUUCAUUAUGGUCUAUGUUACUUACAAAGUAUCCAAAAUCCUUCAACACAUUCUUCUGUAAGGUUCUCUUAUCUUUUACUGUUAAGUUGUGGUUUGUCUACUUCUCUGACAGUUUUUGCUUGUUAUCUUUAAUUGGUUUUGAAAGGUGCUUAGCUUGGAACCUUUCUCUUCUGAGUUACCCCAAAAAUGUUUCCAAGUUAAUAUGGUUUUAGGCUCCAAGGGAUUUACUUAUGGUUUAUGGUGCCCUUAUCAUGUAUGAUGCUUAGGUUCAUCUGCUCCUCUAUGCCAAAACUCGAACUUUCUUUCUCUCGUUUAUCUAUAGAAGUUAGUAAGCAUGCGAAGGUGUUGAACAAAACAAACCAAUGCUCAAAAGAGUUGAAGAGAUGAGUUUAAAGGGCAACAAACGCUAAAGCUUUUGCAAUAUCAGACAAGACAUAGUGAAGUUGAAGUCUCUGUUCGGUCUCUUUUGUUAACUUGGGUGUUUUAUUAUUAUGUAAUAAAACAAAAAAAGCUCCAAACUUUAUAAAUCUAUUAAUUGAUGAUGAUAAGAAAUAAAGAGUAAUUUAAUUUAAAUAAAAAAAAGAAACAAAAGAGAAUCAGUGAAGAGAUGUCAAAUCAGUUUCGUGGGAUCUGAGAGAGAGAGAGAGAGAGAGA